AUGAGUUUCGCGUUCGGAAAAGAAGUCUGCUAUCCAGCCUACGAAGGUCGAGAGACGCCCAAAGUCUCAUACGGGCUCAAAUUCCCCGAGGCCUGCUUACGUCACUGUCGCGAUACUUUUUCCUGCUCUAGGGUGUACGUGGUUUGUUCCAAGUCAUUGGCACAGUCUACAGACGCGCUUGAAAAGCUUCGUUCGGCACUUGAUAGCAGGAUUGUCGGUGUCAGAAUCGGGGUCAAUCCACAUACUCCAAUUGCGCAAGUUCUCGAAGUCGUCAAUGAUGCUUCAAAGCUCAACAUCGACUGCCUCGUGACAUUGGGCGCUGGCAGUCUGACAGAUGCCGCCAAAUUGGUGAGGCUCGCUUUAGCCAACUCGGUCACAACGGAGAAGGAAAUGGAUACUCUGUGGGGAACGCCAAAGAGCAAUCCUGCGUUGCGAAACAACAUAUCCAACCCAACUAUUCCCCUAAUCCAUAUCCCGACAUCGCUGUCUGGGGGAGAGUUUCAAGCCAUCGCCGGAGGAACAGAAUCCCGAGGCCAUGCAAAGAGAACCUUUCACUGCGAGGGCGUCGAUCCAGAACUCGUCAUCCAAGAUCCAGAGCUGUGCCUUACAACUCCCGAGUGGGUUUGGCUUAGCACAGGUAUCCGUGCUGUUGAUCAUUGCGUUGAAACGCUCUGCUCGCUUGUCUCAAACGAUAAAGCUGAUGAAUGGUCUAAAAAGGGUCUUGUGAAACUUGUUAGUGGUCUAUUGGCAAGCAAGGCGGAUCCAAAGUCUCUGCAAGCGCGACAUCUAUGCCAUCGGGGGGUUGUCUCGUCUAUGUGUGCCGUGUCAAGUGGUGUUCCACUCGGUGCGAGUCAUGCUAUCGGACAUCAACUUGGACCUCUUGGAGUUGGCCACGGUGAAACGAGCUGUAUACUCUUACCUGCCGUGUGCAGAUUCAAUUACAACAAAGAGGCAAACGUUGAGAGACAGGAAGUUGUGAGGGACUUGUUGCUCGAACAGGAUGAGGUUCAGCAGCUGUUACAGGCGAAGGGUUUUGAUAAGAGCGCCGUAAGUCUGGCCGAUAUCCUGGACGUGUUUAUUUCUGCCCUGGGUAUGCCUCGAUCGCUUGAAGAAGUGGGGGUAGGGGAGGAUAAGCUUGAGGUCCUUGCUCGGAACAGUCUGGACGAUAUCUGGAUCCAAACAAAUGCAUUCCCCAUCACGGAGGCUAGUCAGGUUAUGGAGAUACUUAGCAUGUGCGUCAAAAGACGAUAA